ACAAAACCACCCCCUCCCCCCCUCCCCUCAUUACAUUUUUAUGAAGCUACCCAGAAACUCCCAGAGACUGAGAGAAGAAAGAACAAAAGCUCCAACCUUUUCUCCUUUUUUCCCAUCAGUUUUUACCGUUCUGGAAUCCCAAUAACUGAAUUGCCUCUCCCAUUUCGUUCUCCCCUAUGGAUUGUUGGUCCCCUUCUCUCGCCGUCGACGACGAGUUCGAGAAGCUCGCCAUGAGAAUCAACCCCCCGAUGGUUACAGUUGAUAAUGCAUCGGGCAGGAAAGCCACUCUGAUUAAGGUAGACAGUGCGAAUAAGCGUGGGAGUUUGCUGGAGGUGGUUCAGGUUCUGAAUGAUUUGAAUCUCAUUAUAAGAAGAGCUUAUAUUUCUUCUGAUGGCGAAUGGUUCAUGGAUGUUUUUCAUGUCACUGACCAACAGGGGAAUAAGCUCUCUGAUGACGGAAUCGCGGAACGCAUUCAACAGUCACUGGGACCAAGAGCACGAAGCUUCCGAUCCUUGAGAAGGUCCGUGGGUGUCCAAGCUGCCGCAGAACACACUACUAUUGAAUUGACUGGAAGGGACAGGCCAGGCUUGCUUUCUGAAGUUUUUGCUGUUCUUUCGAACCUCAAAUGCAAUGUGGUUGCUGGAGAAGUCUGGACUCACAAUUCAAGAAUGGCAUCAGUUGUGUACAUCACCGACGAGGAAACUGGGAGGCCCAUUGAUGAUCCUGAGCAUCUUACCAAGAUCAAACAGCUUCUCCUUUAUGUGCUUAAGGGGGACAGAGAUAAGCGCAGUGCCAACACCGCUGUUUCUGUUGGUUCCACACAUAAGGAGAGGAGGCUUCACCAGAUGAUGUACGCUGAUCGUGAUUAUGACAUGGAUAAUGCGGACUCUGUAGCCAGUGACCGUAGCAAACCACUUGUAACCGUUGAAAAUUGUGUCGAUAAAGGAUAUACUGUUGUGAACUUGAGGUGUCCAGACCGUCCUAAGUUGCUCUUUGACACGGUGUGCACUUUAACAGAUAUGGAGUAUGUGGUUUAUCAUGCAACUGUGAUUGCUGAAGGACCAGAGGCUUAUCAGGAAUAUUAUAUAAGACAUACCGACGGCUGCCCUAUUAGUUCUGAAGGAGAAAGGCAGAGGGUUAUCCAUUGCUUGGAAGCUGCUAUUAGACGACGGACUUCUGAGGGUAUAAGACUAGAGCUUUGUGGUGAUGACAGAGCCGGCCUUCUUUCUGAUGUGACACGCAUAUUUAGAGAAAACGGUCUUUCAGUCACCCGAGCUGAGGUUACAACCAGGGGCUCCCAAGCUGUGAAUGUAUUCUAUGUGACCGAUGCAUCUGGAAAUCAAGUCAAGAGCGAGACAAUUGAAGCAGUUCGGCAAGAGAUUGGCUUGGCAUUACUGAGUCUGCAAGACGACUUCUGUUCAAAAUCUCCACCGCAGGAGAGUGGGAGAUUCUCUUUGGGCAAUCUCUUUCGCACUAGGUCGGAGAAGUUCCUUUACAACCUGGGUUUGAUAAAGUCAUGUUCUUGAGCGUCUCAUUAGGCAAACUAGGUCCGUUGUCUCUGUCUAAUGUCUGUAUGUUAGGACGCUUUUCGGUUAGUUGUAAAUCGUGCUCUCUGAAGUUGCAAUGCAAAGCUUCCGGUCAAUCCCUUCGUUGAUCUCGAGUCCGGCCUGGAACUUGUCAAUCAGAAUUCCGACGUGUACGGUUUAGUGUGCAACUGUACAUAUAUUCUACUGCUACAGAAUCUCAAACCUGGUAUAUUGGGUAAACUGGAAAGUAAAACUGUAAAAUCAAUUUUCUUUUUGAGGGUUUGAGUAAGCCGUCGAGAUUGAGCUGCUGUUGCAAAUAUGAUUAAACAAGUGCUUUUGUGACACCGCAAGAAGUGCUUUUUGUGACACUGCACAUUUGGACAUGGUUGGCAAUUCAGCUUGAACGAACAGGGGAUUUUUAGUUGAGUGCUGCCGUGGCAGGUGUGUUUGAAAGUCGUGGGUGUGCCACAUAGUGCUUUUGACUAGGUAAGGUCACUAAGGGAACAUUAUCCUUUGCAACAAUCAACAAAUAUCCGGCCUCAAAGGUAUCAAUCACUACUAAUUACUAUAACACAAAAAAAUUUGGAUUUGGGUUUUCGACCGAGUCAUUUAUUGUAAAAGCUUUUAAUAUAAUAUAAAUUUAUUGACGUUUC